GCCAGCUUUGGUGGCACAGACGAAAGGCAGGAGAGGGCCGGCCGCUCUAGAGAGCCAAGCCACGAUGAGAGAGCUUCGCCUCGUACCCGCCAGGCAGCUAAGCUCCCUGGAUUCUCGGGAUCUGAAGAGGCCCGCAGGGCCAGUGCGCAGAGUUGUGCUCAGAGGCACCACCAAGAUGUCUCUCAAUGAGCGUUUUUCUCGAUUGCGGAAGAACAGAUUGCCACAGCUGAUGGCCGCCAAAGUCCGGGCCUCGAGGAGCAGACAAGUCCGUUUAGGAGGUCCCAUGGGUGCCUUUGCCAGGGGAGCGAAAGGAGGAAGAGGCGCAGCCAUGGCCGAGACAGAUGUGCCCCAAGGAGGAGGACUAGGUGGGGCACCUGCCGCCAGGGCUCCGCCCGGGGGCAGGAUGCCACCCCCAGGUCGGGCCGUGUUUGGUCGUGGAAGAGGGGCUUUUGGAGGCCCAGGACGUGGCGGUGGGCGGGGACGUGGACGUGGACGCGGAAGGGGCCGACGUAGAGGUGCCCUCGCUCGCCCGGGACUGACCAAGGAGCAGCUGGACGCAGAACUGGAUGCAUACAUGUGGCAAACCAAGUCGUCCCUGGACGCUGAAUUGGACGCCUACAUGGCAGAGGCGGCUCCUGAGACCUGUGACUGA